AUGGCCAAGGAAGAAGAGGUAGCCGUGGAAGUGAAGCUAGAGGAGGACGAGGAGGACGGCUACAUCCAAUCUGGGCGGCGCUACAAGUGCCUGACCUGCGGCAAGACGUUCCCCAGCGUGCCGCGGGUGUUGCGCCACUUGAAGACCCACGCGGGCGGUGGCCCAGCAGGUGACGUUGCCUGCCCCAGCUGCAGGAGGGCGUUCCCCGACCGCGCCCAGCUCCGCAAGCACCAGCUCAGCCACCAGACGGAGCGCCCGCACCAGUGCCCCCUUUGCGCCAAGGCCUACAAGACGGCGCCGGAGCUGCGCAACCACGGGCGCAGCCACAGCGGCGAGAAGCCCUUCGUGUGCCACGAGUGCGGCAAGGCCUUCAUGCAGCCGGUCUGCCUCCGGGUCCACAUGGCCCGCCACACCGGAGACCUGCCCUUCCGGUGCCAGCAGUGCCACAAGGGCUACGGCACCCUCUCCAAGCUGAGGAUCCACCAGCGCUCCCACACGGGCGAGAAGCCGUAUUCCUGCGGGGAGUGCGGGAAGUGCUUCGCCGACCCCUCGGUCUUCCGCAAGCACCGCCGCACGCACGCCGGCCUGCGCCCCUACCAGUGCGAGGUCUGCAGCAAGACGUACGCCGAGCUGAAAGACCUCAAGAACCACGAGCGCUCCCACACCGGGGAACGGCCCUUUCUGUGCCAGGACUGCGGGAAGGCCUUCUCCCGCUCGUCCUCGCUGGCCUGCCACCAGCGCAUCCACGCCGCCCACAAGCCCUACCGCUGCAGCCUCUGCGGCAAAGGCUUCACCCAGCUGUCCUCCUUCCAGAGCCACCAGCGCACCCACUCUGGGGAGAAGCCCUUCCUCUGCCCGCAGUGCGGGCGCAUGUUCAGCGACCCCUCCAGCUUCCGCCGGCACCAGCGGGCCCACCAGGGCCUCAAGCCCUACGCCUGCGACAAGUGCGGGAAGGCCUUCCGCCAGCCGGCCGACCUGGCCAUGCACCAGCGCAUCCACACCGGCGAGAGGCCCCACAAGUGCUCCCAGUGCGACAAGAGCUUCGUGGCCUCGUGGGACCUCAAGCGCCACCUGCUGGUGCACUCGGGCCAGCGCCCCCACCAGUGCGGGGAGUGCGGGAAGAGCUUCGCCGAGCGGGCCAGCCUGACGAAGCACUACCGGGUCCACUCCGGGGAGAGGCCCUUCAAGUGCGAGCGCUGCGGCAAGGCCUUCGUGGUGUCCUCCAGCCUCCGGAAGCACGAGCGCACCCACGGCAACGAGAGCAACGACGACAGGCCCGCCCCCCUCGGCAGCCAGGACCCGCCCCCCGGUGACCAGUCGGCCAUUGUGGUCGCCACGGUCGUGCCGGCCUGCGGGGAGUGCGGGGAGGCCUUUUCCUCCACUCAGGAGCUGCGCCGCCACGAACGGCUGGCCCACCCCGGCCUGAGGCCCUUCCCCUGUCCGGAAUGCGGCAAGGGUUUCUCGGACCGGGCCGGGCUCCGCAAGCACGAGCGCAUCCACUCGGGGGUGCGCCCCCACGCCUGCCCCCACUGCUCCAAGGCUUUCCUCGGGGCCUCCGACUUGCGCAAGCACCUCAAGACCCACGGGGCGCUAGAAAGCCGGGCCCCCGAGGACACCGUGGUGACCGCGACCAUCACGACCUACGAGCCGCUCAUGCCCGCCCACAUCCAUCCCCACGACGACGGCGCAGGGACGGACAAAGACUCCCCGUCGGACUGUCUGCAGGAAGCUCUCACUGAACCGUCUUGA